AGAAGCAAGCAGGCAAGCAAGCAGCUCUCAUCCAUGGCGACGGCGCCAAUUCAGGCCUUCACUCACGCCAAGCUCAACGCUCCCUCAUCCCUCCUCCUCGUCUCUUCCACUCCAGAAGCUCGCCGGAGAGGGUUACAUACUCACUUGAAACACCGCCUUCCUGAUGCUCUGAAAUGGAGCUCGUCAUCAAGCUAUGUCACCAUACAGCAAGGCUCUGCCGCUUUCUCUCGCCGUCAAUUGCGUACUAAGCCCAAUGCUGCUUGGAGAGCUGGAGUAUUUAGGUGUGCUACUAUUGAGGAAAUUGAGGCUGAGAAGUCCGCUAUCGAGAACGAAGCUAAAGAUAGAAUGGAAAAGACCAUUGAAGCGGUUAGGGCGAGUUUCAAUGCUGUGAGGACGGGUAGAGCGAACCCGUCCAUGCUAGAUCGAAUUGAGGUUGAGUACUAUGGAAGUCCAGUGAAUUUGAAAAGCAUUGCACAAAUCAAUACUCCAGAUGCCAGCUCUCUUCUUGUCCAGCCUUAUGACAAAUCUUCCUUGAAGGCCAUUGAGAAGGCUAUUGUGAAUUCUGAUGUUGGAUUGACACCAAACAAUGAUGGAGAAGUGAUUAGACUGAGCAUCCCUCAGUUGACUGCUGAGCGAAGGAAGGAGUUAUCAAAGAUUGUUGCAAAACAAGCUGAGGAGGGAAAGGUUGCCAUAAGAAAUAUAAGAAGGGAUGCAAUAAAAGCCUAUGAAAAGCUUGAGAAGGAGAAAAAGCUUUCAGAAGACAAUGUGAAAGAUUUGUCAAGUGAUCUGCAGAAGGUUACUGAUGAAUAUAUGAAAAAGAUGGAGUCCAUCCAAAAACAAAAGGAGAAGGAAUUGUUGACAGUAUAAAUCUUCGGAUACUCCCUCAAAAGAUCGGUGAAUGUAUUUUUUUUGGUUUGUUUUUUUGAGUUACUAAGUUUUUUUUUAAUGUAAAAAUGAUUGAAUAGGUUCCAAUGUCAAAUAUUUUCCUUAUUCACAAUGAGACCAUUCUGAAGUUGAUCA